AUGCUGCUUAUCGCCUUCUCGUUGCUCCUGACGCCUGUGAUCGCCAAAUUCAGCGUGUACACCAUGGUAUCGGCGUCCUUGACGUGGUCAAUUAGCAGUGCUUCCUACUAUCAAGGGGGGCGGGGCGGCGGACUUCUACACGGACGACGCGGCGGCCUACCCCGAGGGGCCACACUUCUCCGCCAUGUACUACAACUCCGUGCUCGGGACGGUGGGCACCGUGAUGUCACUUGCGGGCAUCGUGACGUACAACCGGUACCUGAGCCACUGGUCCUACCGGAGCCUGCUGGUGGCCGCCAACCUCGCAGUGGUCUUCUUCAGCCAGCUGGACGUGCUGAUGUUUGCCCGCGUGAACGUGCACCUGGGAAUAUCCGACUACGCCUUUGUGCUCGGCGCCAGCUGCAUCGAGAGCGUCAUCUACAACUGGCAGUGGAUGCCCUCGGUGGUAAUCUUGUCCAUGGGGCCCCGAUCGAGGGCAUGGAGUCGACUCUCUACGCGCUGCUCGCCGGGUGCUACAACUUCGGGUCGACCGUGGGGAGCAACUGCGGGGCCCUCCUCCUCGAGUCCUUCGGCGUGAACCCGAGCGGCGCCGAGGCCGAGUCGGACGAGUUCCAGAACCUGUGGAAGGCCGCCCUUGUCGUGUCCGUCCUCCCGCUGCUGACCGUGGCGCUGAUAUUCGCGCUCGUCCCCGCGGCCUCGCAGUCCGAAAGCCUCGUGGGCGCCUCGGCCACAGAGGGCUCGCUGCUGCAGCAGUGGCUCGCGCCGCGCGAGGGGGCGGCGGGCGCGCGCGCCCCGUAG